AUGGACACCAAGCGCAACAUCGCUGCAUUGCUUUACGAUCGUUUCGUCCAUCUAAAGCUCCACCCAUUCUUGGACUACAAGACCAUGAACCCUGGGGAUAAGCUCUUAGAGAAUAUUGAAGCUGUUAUACGAGACUCUCUCAUGACAGAAUACCAGAAGAAGAUCAUUCCCAUCUUCUAUGAUGUCAACCCAUCUGAUCUUGUGCUUGUUGACAAUGGAAGCUAUCCGGCCAAGGAGCUGCACAGGUUUAGAUUUGGCGCUUGA